AUGGACGCCGCCAGCAUCAGAGUGAAUGCUUCCACUAUAAAAGACUUUGCCGGUCGUGUUGUUAGGGUUGUGGGCCGCGUCGACUCUUUUGAUGCCGUUUCCGACUCGGCACGCCUUGAUGCCGGAGGAGCUAUAGAUGUGUCCAUCCAUUCGAACGACAAGUUGGAGGUGGGCAAAGUUUACGAGAUCAUUGGCAAAGUGGGCGUUUCCGACUACAAAGUGAACGUUUAUUCUGUGUUGCCGCUUUCGGACGGCGUGAAUGUGGAUGUGGCCAACCAGUUGGCCAAGUUUGUUCAGAAGGUUCCAGAGCUUUUCUACUAG